AUGUCUAUAGGCACAGUCAUAGGUGUGCUACCUCUUCUGGGCCAACUUGAUUGGUCCGUCUUUUUCCCUUCGUUGGACACUUUGACAGGCCUCAAAAUCAGCUAUGCAAUCUUUGGCAUGGCAGAGGCCUUCUUCAGCACCAUCGCCACUUUUGCGCCGCUGGAAGCAUUUCCUGUUCAGUACGUAGGGGCUGUCUCUGCGGCUGUUCAGGUCAGUACAUCCCUGGGAGCAAGCAUUCAAUCUGAAGUCUACGUCCUUCUCAAGGCCAACUUCCAGAACUUUGUGCCCGCAUACUACACGUACAUGCUCGUUUGUACGGUGGUGUGUGGAGGAUUGAUGGUCUUGGCGUUCUGGGAAAACAGCAAGCUGCUCCAUAGAAGCAAGUCAAAUCUUGCCGAUGACCUUGAAGUACGCAGCUUGCAGUCAUCCCUCUUGAGUAGGGACUUCGCUUACAUGUCCCUGCUCUUCUUUGUUGGAAUUGGGUUCGUCUUCAGCUAUCUGGAUGCUGCAGGUCAAAUCAAUGCCGCCGCUGGUUUGCCUGCAGCGCGGGCCACGAUAACGUUUGGCAUCUAUGGCGCGCUGGCAAGAGUCUGCGCAAAUUGCGCUCUGGACUACACUCGUGGAAAACCGUACGGAGGUCCCAUGACAUACAUUGCACUCUCGCUGCUCUCGCUAGCGGCAGGCUUGGCAGCUGCCGGCUCUCCAUCUAAUCCUGACACCAUGUCUGUGCAUGUCAUGAAUUUCUUCUGCAGCCUCGGCGCUGGGGGCUUGUUGGGUGUCACUCCGCCGGCCUUGAGGCUAAUUUUUGGAUCUGGGUCGUUGGGCCUCAUCUACGGGCUCCUCUACCUUCUGACGGCUUUCGGCAUUCCGACCUGGGGCUUCCUGCUCCCAGCGGAUGGGUGUGCAUCAGGAUGCUUCCAGACCUACUGCCGUACAGGUGCAGCUCUUCUUCCUGUUCUAGCACUCGGAGCACUCGUGAUUGGAUCUUUUGGCCUUGCCUCCCGAGGCUACGACUAUGGCCGCCCCAAGAUGCCAAAGGGUUGGUUCGCAAACUUCUUCUACCCUUUGUGGGAGUUCGGCCACAUCCUCUUUGUGACAGACCGCUGGAUUGCUUGGCGUCUCCUGCGGCACAUCCUGGGCAUUACGAUUUGCUACAUCCCCCUCAACAUCCAGAUGCAGUGGAACAAGCAGAUGAUGGAGGAAUACAAGAAGCAUCAUGAAUUGUGA